UUCUGUUUUAUAUUAUUUUAUUGAAUUAGGUAUGAUCCAUUUCGUUAUAUUUCUAUUAUUAUGUUCGUGCAUAAUUCAAGAAACUAGUAUAAAACAAAAAACAUUGUGCGUCUAUUAUUUCCUUAUAAAACGAAAGAAGCUUUUCGGACAACCUAAUACUUUCACGAAUGUAAUUGAAAAGACGAAACUUAGAAAGUUUCCUGGUUUUCAUUGUGUUUCUAGAGAUAGAACCACGUGCGAUUUGUAGCAUCGACGACGAGUUUAUGUUGCCGGACAGUACUUCAACCCACGAUCUAAUCCGAAACUGUUUCGAUUUCCGAUUUCCACCACAUCCUACGUAAUUACCAAUACAAUCUUAACCUGAUAGCGAUUAACAAUUUUUGUACAAGUCUGCCUGACACUUUUCAUUGAUAAACAAUUUUAUUUUCAUUUCGAAUAUAAAUACAACGACGUAUUUCAGUUGAUAAACCAUAAUGAUUAGUUCUUAAGUCCAUUGAGAAGAACGCUGACCUAGGUAACCCCACUCCCUUCCAGAGUUCCAGCUAUUCCUGCUAUACAUUCGCGAUCAGAACUACAUAUAAAAGACGAAAGACGAUCGCAUUAGACUUUGUGCAAAGUUCACGAUUUGACGAUGGCAGGGCUCGGUAAUAAACGGUAUUCGAUCAUUCAAACAUGUGUUCUUCUGACGUUCUUAAUCGCCGUUCAAGUAACAGGACAAGUUUCCGAAGAGAACAGCAGCGAGAUAAAGUGUCCCGGUCCUCUGAGAUAUUACAAGGCGCUUGGUUGCACUCCUAUUUACGUGAAUCCCAACGACAAUUGCGCGGAAGCGUACGAUUGCAGUCACCUGGACAAUUGGUCACGGGAUAAAUGCUAUGUGAAUGGCCACGAAUACAGUGUCGGAGAGACGUUGAGACCUGAGGAUAGCAAUCCUUGCGACAGGAAUUGCACGUGUACACACUCCAACAAUGAUGCCAAUUUCGCAUGUGUUAAGAGAAAAACUUGCGAUCGUGCAGAAGAAGAAAGUUGUUUGUACAGAAGGAUCCAUGGUAUUUGUUGCGAUGAUCCAUUUUGUGAUAUAGGAAAAUCAGAUGCGAUUUGUAAUGUUGACGGAAAAGUAUAUCGGGCCGGACAGUUUUUCAAUCCAAACUCUAAUCCGGAACUGAUGUGUGUCUGCUUGGAUGGAUACACAGGUGAAAAUAUCGAGCCCUUCUGUCAAGAAAUGAAGCAUGAUCCUUGCUCUCCUAUGUUCGCGGACGAUGCUGACAAAGUUCAUGACAAAUAUACACCCAUCUGGUUUACGCGUGCAAAUUUUAUUUGUCCAAUACCCUUUUACAGAUACCCGGAAUCAAGCGACGCCAUUAUUCGUAAACACGACAGCACUUCGUCCGUUUCUGAGAAAGGAAACAGAAUGUGCCGGCAUGGUAAUGUUAUGAUGCACAUAGGCGACGAAUUGAGCUUGGACCAACCAUCAAAUCACAUGGUUAAUCAUCCCCUUGUAACAUGCGUGUGCGAGGUGCCUCCAGUUGUGACGUGUAAGAAAGUUCAAGAGCAAGUGUUUCAUUUUGUUAGUGAUCUAUAGAAUUUCCAAACGAAAAAUAAAUAUAUAUGUAUAUAUGCAUAUACGUAUGUAUGUACGUAUUAUUAUUUUAAUCACUGAAUUAUUUUUUACUGUCAUUCGGCCAAUAUUCUGUAAUGAAUCGCAUUUGAAUAACGUGCAGAUGUUAUAACGUGAAGUAAGAUGCUUUAGUUUAGUAGAAAAUUAGGACGUUCCAAUGGUUUAUUGGAAUGAUUCAUAGAUCGACAUACUUUAUCAAAGGCUUGUGUAUUUGAAUAAAUCAAGGAAACUGACAUUUUUAAAAAUCUCUUCCCUCCACAAUGAGUGUACGGUGUUUGGUAAUAAAUUACCAAUACAAAUACUUGAGAUCAAUUAUUCAAGAAUGUUCAAUGCACUCCGCUAUUGGUAGCGUGAUAAUGUAAUGUGUAUUAACGUUGCCAAAGAACAACAACGUACGUAACAAGUUCAAGCGUGCGAUCGACGUAAUUAUUUUGGACGUCGACCUCGAAAACAGACUCCAAAAUCAUUGAAAUUCAUGAGGUGCGUCACAUUCUAUACAUGUAUUUACCAACACAAUUCUUACCUGGCUGUGAUUACAAAUUUCUGUGUAAGACUGCCUUACUACUUUCGCUGAUAAACAUUUUAUUUUUCUUUAUCUAAUAUUCAGUGACGCGUUUCAGUUGAUUAACUAUAACAACUACUUCUUAAGUUUAUGGAAAAGAACGUCGACCGCGGUAAUAUCCACUCCCUUCCAUAGUUCGAGCUAUUCCUGGUAUACAUUCACGGCCAAAGCUACAUAUAAAAGACGGAAGGCGGUGGUGACGGGAGAAUACGCGUACGGAGUUCACGAUCUGACGAUGGCUGUAUUCGAUAAUAAUUCAAGUUCAAU